AUGCAUAUCGGAGUUCAGAUCUUCGCCGUUGAUAUGCUCAGAUCUCUAGCUAGAGAGUUUAAGCUGAACAGCUGCAAUGAUUUUCUCUUGAAGCGAACGAGACUUUUUUCAACAAGAGCUGGUGGUAGCCAUGGAAGAAGCAGGCUAGAAGGCAAGGUAGCCCUAAUAACAGGGUCGGCAAGUGGGCUUGGGAAGGCCACGGCCCACGAGUUCAUCCAACAAGGGGCGCACGUGAUCAUUGCAGACACAGAUUCUGAGCUGGGUCAACAAGUCGCCAAAGAGCUGGGGCCAGCAGCCCACUUUGUCCAAUGCGACGUCUCAGUGGAGUCCCAAAUAGCAGAAGCUGUAGAAACCGCCGUGGCCCGGCAUGGGAAACUUGACAUAAUGUACAACAACGCGGGCAUAACAGGACCAGCGUUCCCGCCCAGCAUCGCCGACCUCGACCUCGAGGAGUUUGACCGCGUGAUGCGGGUCAACGUGCGUGGUGCGGUGGCAGGGAUGAAGCAUGCGGCUCGAGUGAUGGUACCUGCGGGCGCAGGGUCCAUACUGUGCACAUCAAGCAUAAGUGGGAUCCUUGGCGGGCUGGGGCCCCACCCCUACUCGGUAUCGAAAUUUACAAUACCGGGGCUGGUGAAGUCGGUGGCGAGCGAGCUGUGCCGAAGUGGGGUGCGAGUGAACUGCAUAUCGCCGGGUCCGAUUCCGACGGAGAUGUCGGUGCGGGAGAUAGGGCAGUUUUAUCCGGGUGCGACGCGGGAGCAGGUGAUAGAGAUUGUGAAUGGGGUUGGGGAGCUGAAGGGUGCAAAGUGUGAGGAAAAAGAUGUGGCGCAAGCGGCGGUGUAUCUGGCGUCGGAUGAAGCAAAGUAUGUGACGGGUCAUAACCUAGUGGUGGAUGGAGGCUUUACCUGCUUCAAAACUCUUAGCUUCCCUCCUCCGGAUCAAUUUGUGUGA